UGAAUAUAAUAAGUAAUUAGGUUCCUCAAGAACAGCUGCACAGCUGAAGUUAGGCUGGAAUUACUUGUAUAUAAAUAAAGUUGUUUAAAUCUGCAGAUCAUUGCAGUCAUUCAGAAUCCUUUGUUCUUUCUUUCUUUCUUUUAUGAUUCACAUUCAUCAUGGACAAACAGUAUCCAAAGUUAGAAACCUUUCUUCCCAAGGAACUAAUGUUGCCUUCUUAUUUUCAAGAAAUGGUUCCAGGGUCUCAGAAUUUUACAGAUCACAGUGGUUGGAACUUUCUUCAGUCCAGUUCGGAGUCUGAUUCUCCGGUGGAUGAUAAGUCUUCUGUUGCAACUCUGAGUACUUGUAAUGUUGCAGACCUGGAAAAGACCAAAUUUUCUAGUGGAAGUUCAUGCAUUCCUCUAACUUUUCUUGAAUCUUUUCCGCAGUUACAUCAAGUUAGUCAUGAUCAUGCCUCUGAACAAGGUUCGAGUUCAUCAAGUACUGACAUGAAAUUCCAAAACCUAGGCUUGUUUUUAAAUGAUCCUUCGGUUUUGAAUGAUGUCCCAAGUUUUCAACGCAAUGAUCAGGCCAGUUCAGAAUGUUUAAAGAUCAAUGAGAAUUUGUUGGCUAGUUACACACCUGAAGGGCUUAGUGAUUACUGGCUCAGCACUACAAAGACUCAGGCAAUGAAAAGCUCAGGGAGACGAAUGCAGAAGCCUUCUUUCACAAAGCUGUUUAGGGGAGUGAGGCAGAGGCAUUGGGGGAAAUGGGUUGCGGAGAUAAGGUUGCCAAAAAAUAGGACAAGGGUGUGGCUGGGGACUUUCGACACAGCUGAAGAAGCUGCUGUUGCAUAUGACACAGCUGCUUAUUUGUUAAGGGGAGAUUAUGCACAUUUGAAUUUUCCAGAACAGAAGCACCAACUAAAGGCCAAUUCUUUGAAUGGCAGCACCGCAGCAUUGCUUGAAGCAAAACUGCAAGCAAUGUCUGGGAAUAAGAAGGCAUCUGAUUGCAGAUCAGCAACAUCCAAGAAGACUUGUGAGGAGACAAGAACAAUCAAUAACUGCCAAGUUGAAGAAUUUAAGGGCAAGAGUGGUAUGAUAUCACAUGAGAAGAAUAAGAAGCCACAAGAGGUUUUCUGUGCAGAAAAUAUUAAUGGUGUCGAUCAGUUAAGUAGAGUGCCAUCUUUGGACAUGGACAUGAUCUGGGAUGCGCUUCUCGUCUCUUCUGAUUCCUGAUAAUUCUAUGUUUGUACCAUGUUUUUAGACUUGCAAUUUAAGAUUAUUGUCUAAUUUCCUCUCAUAAUUUGGAGGAUCCAUGGAAUCUUUAAUGAACUAAAUCUUCUUGUUUUAUAAUUCUUGA